CAGAGUUAUUAUAGGGGUAUUACGACUGCUGUGUAUGUUGAUUUGUUUAAAUGGUCUCACUUGAUAAUUUGUUUUGUGCACGGCACCAACAAUCAAUGUGGAUACCUCCAGUUUGUGAUAACCCUCCACCUCUUAAUAUUGAAGAAGAGCUACUUCCUACAACACUUCGGACCAAAACGCCUACUGUUUCUGCCUCCAGUAGUUCAAGUAGUGACCUUAAAAAGAACUCACAAAAUCAGACAGCGAAUAUCAGAUUUCAGUUCUAUCCUGUUCCGCGUGCCAGAUGCUUGUCGUUUCCAUAUCAAGCCUUACCGUCUCACGGAACAACAGUGUAUUUGUAUACGUGGACUGUUCCUGCACCUGAUGUCGUUGCCAACCUUUGCUGUGUGGAGAAGAGUUGUUUCAAAAAGACAGACGGGGCUAUUGGGCUUUUGUUUUCGAAACCAAUUUCCAAGAAAGAAUAUGUUUGUCGAAUUCCCCUGUAUUUGACACGUGGUAUGGCUCGUUCGCGUGUCCGAUUAGUGGGAAAGCUUACACUUAGUGAACGGGAAUUGGAGUGCAUAAAAUCAGCUCACUCGGUGAUAUGUGAACUGAUUACAAAUAUAUCCCAUUUAUCACAUGUUGGUCACAAACCAUCGAGUCAGGCUCUUCGCGAUCUUAUGGAGAAACAGAAAGAUCCAAAUGAAGUUCCUGAAAGUCUUCGAGUUACAGUUACCGAUCGAUUUACCGAUCUAUUAUUCAGUCCUGAGAAAGCUAAUAUUCUGGCAUUGAUGACCUUAAUUCAGUUACCAGAAUGUACUAUAGAUUAUGAAGCUAUUGAGAGUCUUGUGAAUUGGUCACUUUGUCGUACGAAUUCAUUGUCUUCGGACAUUAAAAACAACACUAGUGGAUCAGUAGAGAUCAGACCUGUCCGUGGUAUUUUGCCUAGUUGGCAUGUUACGCUGAGUCAAAUACCUCCAGAAGAUUGGGUUGGUUUAGUAGUCAGACCUAUUCACCUUCCAGAUAACGAUCCUGGUAUGUUUUCGAUUUCAGAAGUGUGUUCGGAAACUCCUGUAAGUUGUGUGCCGCGGUAUUUAGCUUCGAAACUUUGUAACACGAAAAAUGAUGAAGAAGUGUCAGGAGUGACCUAUUUAGAUUUCUACAGAACGAAGUGUCCCCUGAUGAGAGAUCUACCCAUUGAUAUUUCAAUGCCACUGUGCAAGACGUCACGACUGACGCGUCAUCAAAAUUGCACCCAAGUUACUGCGGGUCUACGAAGAGGUAAAUCAAUUCCCAGACAGUCAACGUUCGUAUGUGAAGGGUGUUUAGUACAUCCAUUAUCUUCAUGGCUUUGGUUUCUGGUGUCUACGAUACCUGCAGUUCUUUAUCAGAUGUCGAGGGCAUUGUUGGCAUCACAAUUGUCCACAGAAUUGGCUGCUGAGUUAAAGAAUCCCCAACCAUUCUGUCAAAGGACGAAUCCAUCCAAUAUGACGGAUGAUUCUCUUUCUCCUGUAACCAUUUUCGUGCCUGAUCGUCUACGUGAUGCUAAUUUCUCAAACGGUGAACCGAUUGACGCAACUAUGUUUGAUUUGAAAGUAGAUGAACUUACUUCAAAAGAAGAUCAGGAGAUGGAUGAUAUGGCUGCAAGGGAAUUCAAAGGCGCUUCGACAGUUUGUCCUCAACCCAGUGACCUGAUCGAGCCAACUACGUUGUUAGGUGCUCGUGAUGCAGUGAAUCUUGAGCGUUUAGAAUUUUAUGGCGAUUCGUUUCUGCAUUUGAUAUCUACACUGAGUGUUUACGGUACCAGUCCACAGGAUGCGGAUGAAGGACAUUUAAGCUGGAAAAGAACUUCACUUAUAUCAAAUGCUCACUUGUGUGACAUUGCUCGAGAUUUGACAUGGUAUGGAUAUUGUACUGGUCAAACAUUCUUUCCAUCAGAACAUUUUGUACCUCCGUGCUACACUGUUUCGUCUGAGGUUUCUAAAUACGAUGCUCGUUUAUAUACCCGCCUAUAUGACAAGUCUUUAGCGGAUAUGGUUGAAGCCUUGUUAGGAUGUUUUCUAGUGCACAUUGGACUACCAUCGGCUGUAAAUCUCUUACAUUAUCUUCAAAUAUGUCCGGUGAAUUGGAAUACAAUAAAAUGUGACAAAGAAUACAAGAUUGAUGCUCCAUGGCAUUGCCUUCUUCACUCAGAAAAUGAUAUUGCUAGCAGUUCAAAUUCCAGACGUCACCUUCUCCGUGCAUCAUCACAGAAUUCACUGGCCACUUACAAAUAUCGAGAUCUCAAUGAGAAAUAUUUUCGUUUACAAUUGAAAUUGGAUUAUCGCUUUAGAAAUAUUGAAUUACUUGCUACAGCUAUGACACACCAGUCAUCAACUAACACAGAGCACUGGGGAAAUUAUCAGAGAUUGGAAUUUCUCGGUGAUUCUGUUAUGGGUUUCAUUGUGAGCAAUCACCUGUUCAGAAAGUGUCCUCAUGCUUCUCCAGGCAAACUGAGUGAAAUGCGAUCGACAAUCGUGAGUAAUAACAAUUUGGCCAACACUGUAGUCGAGCAUGAAAUAUAUGCAUUUAUUGACUCUGGGGUUUGUGAUAUAAAGCCGUGCAUUGAUGAGAUACAAAGUAUUCAUCAGCGAACCGAUUCGAUUUGUGAACGUAUCGAGGUAAAUUAAGAGAUUUCUGCGUUGUUCACUAUUACUAAUUGUCUUGACUAUAUUGUAGAGUUGUAGGCUAAUUAAAUAGUCAUAUAUAUACCAGGCUAAAGUGCAGUAUGUUCAUUUAUUAUGGUAAUGCUGAUAAUCGUCACUGCUAAAGACAAUCGCCAGAGUAAAUCCCUUGUGUAUUGUUAAGUAUUGAAAGCAAAAAUGUAAAGACUGUGUGUAUAUUCGAAGCUAUCUACUUAUCUAUCGUGCUCUGUGAGUGCAGGAGGAGAUUAUCAGCAAAUAGCUGGUAAUUAUAAUGUAGCAUAUUGAAAUCGUGCUUUCAUUUAACAUUCUGUAUGUAUAUUUGUCAGCAGGCGUGAUUUGUGGACAGAGCAUGUGGAGCAGUUUCUCUGACCUGAACCACCAGCCUAGACUAGCCUUGAUUGUAGGUUUUGGUGAGCAAUCUGGUCGAACGAGGGAGACGGCUGUUGUGUGUGGUCGUUCCACAGAAUGACACUGCAUGCGCUGGUGUCACCUUGCAAGAGUCAGGUGUGGGUGUGUUCGGCUCUUCUGAAAACCAAUGUAUGACUGUUGAGUCAGUGAGUGUAUCACUAUGUGUACUCUCAUGGGUGGUGCAAUGGUAGAAUGCUCGCCUGCCACAUGGGUGGUGCUGGUUCGCUUCCCUACCGACACACAUCUAGACCUUGCCUAGCUGGUGAAGUAAGCUCGGUAAAGAGGAAAGGUUUGUAGUGAGACGUAAAACAAGUUCAUGUAUUGGAGUUAUGUUUUAGUCCGACCGUCCUUGCUUUUUCAUGGUUAACUUUUCCGGUGGAGGCAGUUGUUGCCUUGGUGUAGGUAACACAUAUGGUAACCAUUUGUAUCUGUGAUUCCCGACAUCCGUUGUUGGUUAAUUCUGUUGAUUAUUGUCAUUGACUGAGUGAGUCUCAACAUUGAGGUUUGCACAGAAUUGCAACCGUUCAAGUUGUCACACACUAUGUUGUACACAAAUUCAGAACAAAGAGAUCGAAAGGAAUGAUAGCAAGCAGAUAUAUGAGGAAGAAAGAUUUAGUGGUUGUGGGGGAUCGUGGAGAGGGAAUGCAUCUACGCCAUUGGGAGCCAUAUCAGCGACAGUCUGUAGCCAUUGAUUCUUAGCAUCUAUCUAUCCUUCAUUAUUGUCAACCACGUUGAUCCGUCUAAAACGAGAGGCUAGAGCUGCACAUCUCAACGAAGCAAAAGUUGAUUAAGCACAGAGGUAUAGUAAGACUUGGCUUUUUGGAAAAGCUAUAAGGGAAUUUUGUCAGUUUCGGAACUUGCAUGAUAUUUCAAGGUAUACUAAACGAGGAGUUUGUGAUCAUUUUAAAAGAGCAUGUGGAAUUUAUGUGGUUUUUUAUCAUGAUAUUAGUCUUGUACCAGUCAAAUGAAGAUAUUGACGAAGUGUAAACCUUAAUGACAAUUCACUUAACUGUCUGUGCGUAGUGUGUAAAUAUUGACUCUUACAAUGUCACUGAAGUCUGUGUUUCAUCAUACUGCUUUUAUUACUUUACUUCACUUUACUACAUAGCUACUGAUGAAGAAGGUUGGUGAGGGACUGAAUGUCAAGAUUUUAGCCGAUGUAUUUGAAUCAAUUCUUGGGGCUAUUUUUGUGGAUAGUAACGGGAAUCAUGCUGUGUUAUCAUCAAUUAUUUUACGAUUCUUAGGCAAAAGUAUUGAUUAUUGCAUUGACAAACUACCGAAGAAUCCAAUUCAGCAGCUUCCUUUAUCGCAUCCUGAUAUACGCUAUCAGUACGUCUAGGAAGAGAUGUUUUCCAAAUUACAUUUAUAAUUAAUGCAUCGCUUCAUGUGUGUAUAUAUGAAUUGCAACAAGUUGUUCAUCUGUUGUGAAACUGACUAGUUUGUUCACAGAGUUGAUAACAAUGCUACGUGUAAUAUUUUUCGUCAUAUAAAUACUGCUUACCUGUUAUAUAUAUACGGAGACGGAAAUCAUUCGCUGUCAGAUGCUGCGGUAUAAAUUCACGAAGAAGAAAAAUACCAUUUCCCCCAAAUGUAGCUUUAUUGUUCCGAAACUUUUGAAAUUAGUAGUAUUGUGUUUUUAGAAUUAAUUUUCCUGUAUUUUUGUUCUCAGCAUUUUUUGGUGAAAAAGGAAAAAUCUUAAUUAAUCUUCUGCCUACUUUUCAGGAACAGUUCUGUUGUUUUCAGCUCACAGAAUAGUCAGAAAAGAAAUUCAAACAAUACAGCAUCGGAUUCAGAUAAUGAAAAUACGUAUGAGUUGAUUGCAUCGACUUCUGGUAAACGUAUCUGUGUCACUAGGAAUACACGGAAUGAAGGUCGUCUUCAAUUAGCUGAAACUUUGGCUAUAUCAGAUGAGAAUAAAGAGAAUGUCGCGAUUUCCGAUGAUCAAGUAUGCAUGUCGUUAUCGUAGUUGAGAGUGGAUGGGUUGGUUGAUGAAUUUCAACAUUCGCUACUUUUUAACUGAUUGACACUUCGCUUGUUACCGAUGAAGAUUUUAUUUUCUCUUAUUUUUUGUACUAGUUAUAUCUUUAUUUACUCUCUCUCUCUCUUGAGAGAAUGAACAAAUAAACAUUUUGAUUCGGUGAAGUGUUCA